GUGGAAAACGAAAAAAUGGCCAGAUUUCUAUCAUUACAUGUACUUUUAAUUGGAUCUGUAGUACUUUAUAUUAUACUUGGAGCUAUUGUAUUUCAAAUGUUGGAAGGAGAACAUCUAGAUGCGCUAAAAAAAGAUCACAUGGCAAAAAUAGAACAAAAUGCAAAAGACUACGUGGAUAAGUUAUGGAGUGUUGCAAAACGAGACCGAGAUAAAUACAAGAAUGUGGAAGAUUUGAUAAAAUCAGUAAAAGAAGAUACUGUAGAUGAUUUCAAUGAUUACGUGGAUACUGUAUUCUAUGCACAUCGAGCUGUAAGGCACGGAUAUGAUGAGGAUUCACCCACUUGGGAUUUUGCAAAUUCGGUAUUCUUCACCACAACAAUGCUUACUUCGAUUGGUUACGGGUAUGUGGCACCAAGCACAUUUGGAGGUCGACUUUUUGGAGUUAUUUAUUGCUUAAUCGGAAUUCCGCUAACACUUGUUACUGUGGCGAACGUUGCAAAGUUUCUUUCCGAAACAAUAUUCUUUCUUCACUACGAACUAUGGAACAAAUGCCUUGAAUGGAAAAGAAAACGAAAAGGAGAGGUUGAAGCAGAUCCUCUUCAACCAAUGUUUGGUGAUGAUGAAAAUGAAGAAGAGAUACUUGAUCGUGUUCGACUGGUUCGAUUCCCACCAUUAACUGUAUUUUUCUUUGUAUUUGUAUACGGAUGCAUUGCUGCAUGGGUGGUACGGUAUUGGGAGACAUGGACAUAUGUAGAAAGUUUAUAUUUUAUAUUUAUCAGUAUUCUUACUGUAGGAUUCGGUGAUAUAAGGCCUUCACCUGGUAAUAUCUGGGUCACUUUGGCAUUUGUAGUAGUGGGAGUUAUUCUCACUACAAUGUGUAUGGACGUUGUCGGUAGAAUGUAUUUGAAAGAGAUUCACUAUUUGGGUCGAAAACUCAAGAGUAGUAAUCCAUUCUACUUGCUCCGAGAGGCAAAAGCCAGAAGACGACGAGCAGCAAUGGCAUCAUUACUUGCUCAGUUGGCAAAAGGAAUGAUAUUUGCUCAUAAAGAUUAUAACGAGUUGGCCAGGAAGAAAUCGAAGAGAAAGAAGGAAAAGAGAAGAGGAAGUCAUGUUUUGCCAAAUGAGAAGUUCAUGUUCGCCCGUCUGCCACCAGAUCCACCAAGUGAUUGCCAAGUUGUCAGUACGUCAGCAUAUUCAGUAAGACUUGCAUGGGCUCCACCAUUUUCUCCUGAUCCAGACUUGACUUACAACAUUCGUUAUAGAUUGAAACACAACGAAGAUGCAAAAGUACGCGAGCUUCGUGGAAUUAAAGGGAAUACAGUUGAAAUUAUGAGCGUUGAUUCAUGUUCCCUUUAUGAAUUCCGAAUAACUGCUCAUAAUAAAUUCGGUGAAAGUAAAGCUGUGUACUUGGUACAGUAUACGGAACCUCAGUUGAGUCCUCAACAUAUUUUGGCAACACGAUUAAAUGCGAAUACUAUUGAGCUGACAUGGGAGCCACCAUACAAAAAAUCACAUGAAGUUAAGAAUUACGUGGUUUACUUUACGGAAAAUCCGAAUGCGUCGUUAUCAGAAUGGGAGAAAAUUCCAGUAAAUGGAAGACGGGUGGUCUUCCCUGAUCUUCGAUUCGACUGGUUCUACAUGUUUAGCGCUACGGCAGUUUUCAAAGAUGGACAGAGAUCUCCAUUAUCUCGUGCACUAUUUAUCAAAACUGACAAGAUAGAAUUUCACAAGCAUUGCGUUGGCCAUUCAAAAACAAUCGAUGUUAUGGAUUCAAUUUGUGAGAAAGAAGAUAAUGAAACAACUGCUCUACUCAAACGUGAUUAUGUUUCUUUUGCCGUUUAAUUUUCGUUCUUUUUUUUAGUUUCUAAUUUUAAAUAAAUAUU